AUGAGACCCGGUGCGAUCAGGCAGAGGGAUGUGGCCCCCGUGCAAACCUUUGCCAAGGCGGCCGCAAAGUGCUCCAACGAGGCCCGUACGUACGGCGCAUGCGUCACCGCCAACUACGAAAACAUUGAGCGCAACAUGUGCCAAAAGGAGUUUCUCGCUUUCAAGGCCUGCGUACAGCAAAAGCUCGGUCGCAAAUGGUGA